AUGUCAGCAAAAGCAGUUAGCGAAUUGUCCGGAAAGGAAAUCUUGUACAAAUACUUUGAGGGAACCGGACUCGUCAAUUCGCCCUUCGCUUUUCAUGUCAAAACUGGUGAUGACUUCAAUCAAAUUGCUGGAAGUUAUGAAUGGUUGACCAAGGCAGGAGUGAGUUUUUGCAGCUGGUUUCUAUAGACCUAAUAAUAUAACAAUUUUUCCAGAAAGGAGUCAUCAAGCCAGAUCAAUUGAUCAAACGCCGUGGAAAGAUGGGUUUGGUCAAGAUUGGUUCACCGGAAGAAUUGAGCGAUUGGUUCAAAAAACGUGCCAACAGCCAUGUUCAAGUCGGAAAAUCACUCGGACGCCUUCACACAUUCAUCGUCGAACCUUUCUGUGCUCACCAGGAAUUCGAUGAGAUGUAUAUUGCGAUCUUCAGCACCAGAGAAGAGGACACAAUCAUGUUCUACGAGCAUGGUGGAGUUGAUAUCGGAGAUGUUGAGAGCAAAGCCAGAUUCCUCAAAGUCCCGGUUCAAGUUGACAACAAUUUGAUGUCUCCAACUCAGGAACAAUUGGACACACUUGUUGGAGUUGAGCUCCCAAAUUUUGAAGUUGUCAAGAAGUUUGUCGAUCUAUUGUACAAAGCAUAUAAGGAACUUCACUUCACAUAUUUGGAAAUCAAUCCAUUUGGUAAGAAUUUCUGGUUCAAAUCUUCACAGCUUUGUUGAUCAAUAAUCAAUAUUUCAGUGUUCGUCGACAAUCAAAUCCACAUCCUCGAUCUCGCUGCAAAAUUGGAUGAGACAGCCAACUUCAUCUGCUCGGAUAAAUGGAGAAGUCGUCACACUCCAAUGUCUGCACCAAUGCCAGUCGAUUUCCCAGCUCCAUUUGGUCGUGAUUUGACUGAAGAAGAGCAAUUUAUUGCCAAUAUGGAUGCCAAAACUGGAGCCUCGUUGAAGUUGACGAUUCUCAACCGAAAAGGACGUGUUUGGACAAUGGUGGCUGGUGGCGGUGCAUCGGUUGUCUUCACGUAAGGAAUUUGAAACAUAUUUAUUCGCAUUCCCUACCCGAAUCGUUAUGUUUUCAGAGACACUGUUUGCGAUCUUGGUGGUGCAAGUGAGUUGGCCAACUAUGGAGAGUAUUCCGGCGAUCCGUCGGAAUCUCAAACCUUCGAGUAUGCCAAGACGAUUCUUUCCAUUAUGACUGAAGGAGAACCCCGAAGCGAUGGAAAAGUAUUGAUCAUCGGUGGAUCUAUCGCCAAUUUCACCAAUGUUGCAAAAACUUUUGGAGUAAGUUUCAUCUGAAAGUAUCAAUUAUCAUUUCAAUAAUUAUAAUUUUUCAGGGAAUCGUCAAGGCUUUCGAAACCUACAUCACCAAACUCAAGGAGCACAAGGUCACAGUUUAUGUUCGACGUGGUGGUCCGAAUUAUCAAGAAGGAUUGCGAUGCCUCAAAGAUGCUGCCGCCAAGCUCGAACUUCCAGUCCAUGUUUUCGGCCCAGAAACGCAUAUGACUGCCAUUGUCGGAGCCGCUCUUGGAACUCAUGCUCUUCCAUCAGUGCCCAUCGAGCCAAAAACCACUGGACAAUUCUUGUUGAGCCCGGAAAGAAACACUGCUGGAACUGAACGUCAACCAGCUUCACCGGCACCAACAUCGACUGAUGCGAAACCUUUGGAUCAAUCUACUUUCCGUGGAUUGUUUGAAAACGAUACAAAAGCUAUUAUCUGGGGACAACAAGCUAAGGCUAUCCAGGUAUGAAAUUUCAGCAAGAUUUAUGUAUCAGAGUUGAAUGAAAAAUGUUUUCAGGGUAUGCUUGAUUUCGAUUAUGUUUGCCGAAGAGAUACACCAUCAGUUGUUGCCUCAACAUAUCCAUUCACUGGAGACAACAAGCAGAAAUACUACUUCGGACAGAAAGAAGUUCUCAUCCCUGCAUACAAAUCAAUGGCCAAAGCAUUCGCUACUCAUCCAGAAGCUUCUGUAAUGGUCACAUUUGCAUCAAUGAGAUCGGUGUAUGAAACUGUGUUGGAAGCUUUGGAGUUCCCUCAACUCAAAGUUAUCGCCAUAAUUGCUGAAGGUGUUCCAGAAAAUCAGACAAGAAAGUUGUUGAAAGUUGCCGCUGAACGUGGUGUCACAUUGAUUGGUCCAGCAACAGUCGGAGGAAUCAAGCCAGGCUGCUUCAAGAUUGGAAACACUGGAGGAAUGAUGGAUAAUAUUCUCUCAUCAAAACUCUACCGUCCAGGAAGUGUUGCCUACGUCUCAAGAUCAGGUGGAAUGUCAAACGAAUUGAACAAUAUUAUCUCGCAAAACACCAACGGUGUUUAUGAGGGAAUUGCGAUUGGCGGUGACAGAUAUCCAGGAAGCACUUAUGUUGAGCAUAUUGCAAGAUAUCAAGCUGAUGAUCGUGUCAAAAUGAUUGUAUUGCUCGGUGAAGUUGGUGGAACCGAAGAAUAUAAGAUUGUCGAUAUGCUCAACAGAGGAGAGAUCACCAAACCGUUGGUCGCUUGGUGCAUCGGAACUUGUGCAGAUCAUAUCACUUCUGAUGUUCAAUUUGGACACGCUGGCGCAUCAGCAAACUCAAAUGGUGAAACUGCAGCUUGCAAAAACGCUGCUCUUCGCAGUGUCGGAGCUAUCGUUCCUUCAUCAUUUGAUGAACUCGGCAACAAGAUUCGCGACACAUAUGACAUCUUGGUCGCAUAUGGAGCAAUUGUGCCACAACCCGAAGUUCCACCACCUCCAGUUCCAAUGGAUUAUGCGUGGGCAAGAGAGUUGGGGUUGAUUCGGAAACCAGCAUCAUUCAUGACUUCGAUUUGUGAUGAACGAGGAGAGGAAUUGAUUUAUGGCGGAGUUCCAAUCACCAAGGUUUUGGAAAGCGAACUUGGAAUUGGUGGUGUUCUUGGACUUCUCUGGUUCCAGGUAAUUAUUGAGAAAUGGUGAUAAAAUGAGUUAUGUUUUUUUUCAGAAAAGUCUGCCAGCAUAUGCCAACAAGUUCAUCGAGAUUUGCCUUAUGCUCACUGCCGAUCAUGGUCCAGCAGUCUCCGGUGCUCACAAUACAAUUGUUUGUGCUCGUGCUGGUAAAGAUUUGAUCUCCUCACUCACAUCUGGAUUGCUCACCAUUGUAAGUUGAAGAACAAGAGAGAUGAGGUCCCCACGAGGAUCCACACUUAUGGUCUUGAAGUUACGGACCUGCGACCUACCCCAGCCUAUUCUAUAAUUUCACUUCUCAACCUUAUUAUUUUCAGGGUGAUCGUUUUGGUGGAGCUCUCGAUGGAGCUGCUCGACAAUUCUCCAAUGCUAUGGACAAUGGCUGGUCUCCAAUGCAGUUUGUAAACGAGAUGGGAAUCCAAAAGAAGCAUAUCAUGGGAAUCGGACAUCGCGUCAAGAGUGUGAGUUUGCCUAGAAUCAAAAAUUCCUUGAACUCAAUGAAUAUUUGUUUUCAGAUCAACAACCCUGACAAGCGAGUCGAAAUUCUCAAGAGAUUUGCCAUGGAUAAAUCGGAAUUCACCCAAGAAACUCCACUUCUCGAAUUUGCACUGGAAGUCGAAAAAAUCACCACCGCCAAAAAGCCAAAUCUCAUUCUCAAUGUUGAUGGUGCAAUUGGCGUCAUUUUUGUCGACAUUCUUCGCCAAAGCAAAUUGUUCACACCAGCCGAAGCCCAAGAAACAAUUGAUAUUGGCACUUUGAAUGGUCUCUUUGUUCUUGGUCGAAGCAUUGGUUUCAUUGGACAUUAUUUGGAUCAAUCUCGCUUGAAACAAGGUCUUUAUCGUCAUCCAUGGGACGAUAUUUCAUACAUCAUGCCAGAAAGAAACUCUUAA